AGCCACACAAACGUAGUGUAGGGUGGCCGUCACGAUGGGGUACUGUAGUGGAGCAUUGUUUAUACUUAUUGUGCUGCUGCAGUUCCGCGGGAUCAUAUCUUCAGCUAGCAUCUGCUACGAACUUCAGUAUGGCUACUCGUACUACUCGGGCUCUUACUACUACUACUACUACAGUUACUAUGACUACUGUUCCUACGGUUGCUGUGGUUACACUACCUCCCGAUACUGCUGUACCUCGAACUACUUGUACGACCCCACAUACUACAGUAGUGAUGAUUCAGUGAUUGGUGUAAUCGUUGGAUCUACUCUCGGAAGCAUAGUCUUCUUUGCAGUGAUGGUAACUGGGAUCUGUUGUGUCUGCAAGAAUAUCAACAAAAACAAAGUUAACGGUGUCAUGGUAGCCCCCGCAUCAACUGGGCCACAGGGUGUUGCUAUGGUGAGCAAUCGUAUGAACAUCCCCAUGCAACAACAGAUACCAGGACAGAUUCAUUGCUACCUACCGCAGGGUUACCAGGCGCCCCAGGCCUUCACUCCACAGGCCUUCCCACCGCAGGCCUUCCCACCACAGGCCUACCCUCCUCAAGUCUAUCAUUCGACAGUACCAGUAGUACAACCAGGGAAUUCAUCGGAGCCUAUUGCACAAUCGAGCAACAUUCCAUCUGCUUGGAACAGCGCCGAACCAGCAACAACCCACGAAAAGGACUAAAGUACUGGUAAUGUGCAUUCGUUACCGCUCUGAUGAGUGCACUUGGAAUGUCCCUGGACUG